UCCACAAAGACUUCCAUGAAGCUGUGGCAAAAAUGACCAUAAUAGAUGCUUUUCUCUUCAUUAUUGUUCAUUCCAUUGACAAGCUGGGGAUAUGGCCUCGUCUGCCUGUUUUCUUAGGGCUAUUGUAUCUGGCUAUCAGACGUCACCUUCACCAAGAGUACAACCUCUUCAACGUUGGAACAACACCAACUGGGAUUAGGUUCAACCAUUCAGAUUUUCCAUACAGAACAGCUGAUGGAAAAUAUAACGAUCCUUUCAAUGAAGUUGCUGGCAGCCAAGGCACCUUUUUUGGCAGAAACAUGCUCCCUGUUGAUCAGAAGGAAAAGGUCAACAAUCAUAUAUAUAUAUAUAUAUAUAUAUAUAUAUAUAGCUAG